ACGUGAUUGUUGCCACCACUCCGGUUACUUCCCGCUGGCCUGACCUUGACAAAACUUGGUGCGACCGCUUUUUAGCAGAAACAAGAAAGUUAGGUGAAGAUUUAAAAGAAAAGAGACGAGAUAUUUCAGAGCGUAAAGUAGAAAAAGAACGUAUUCUUCAUGAUCUUUCGAAAAUAAAUAAUGAGAUAAAAAUGAAAGAAGAUGAGCUUACCAGAAUUUUGAAUAAACACCCCAAAGAUAGUUCAAAUUUAGGUGAUGAUUUGAUUGCGCAAUCGUCCUCUGCAAUUGAUGAAAAUUCGACUGCUAUGCAAUCGUUCUUCGCAAUUGAUUAUGCUAAUAAUGGUACAGGUUCUAAUGAUGACAACAUUAAUAAUGCUAAAGAAAUCAGGCCCAAAGGGGCGAUCCUAAAUGAUCACCAAUCUUCAGUUAAUAUUACCUCUACCGAAAUGAUAAAUUCUAGCCAUUCUAAUGAACCCAAUAAUGCUUCGGUAUCUGAUAUAUCUGUUAAUGCUUCAGUACAAAUAUGCAGGCUUACGCCAAAUUCUGAUGAUACUCCUGGACAGAUAGAAAAUAGUGCCAAUAUAUACCAGGAUAUGGUUAGCCAAUGCCCUACAUCCCAUAACCACCCUGAAAUAAAUCAUGAUAAUACUCCCACAAAAGGUGAGUCAUCCACAACCUCUUUGCCACAAGAUAUUAUCGAUGAUGAUUCAGCCGAGACCCUUGAUUUUGUAGAAAUGAAACAUAAAGAACGUGUUAGUGAAGAGAUAAUGGAGAGAAUUAGGGAAAAAAAACUUCGGGAACAAAACUUAUCUUCGGAUAAUAAUUCACCAGAACCAUCCAAUUUAUCAUACAAAGAUCAAAAUUUGAAAUCGUCAACAAUAUCGCAAUCUAUCUCUAGCCACUCUGUGACUACCUCUGGUGAUAGCUCUGAUUUAUUAGAACAACUUCCUAUAAAGCAAAAAAAUAAAACGCCUGAAAUAGAUAUAAAACCUUUAAUACAAGAACUAAAUAUAAAACCUUUAAAGGAGGAUACCAUUAAAAUUGUUAAUGUAGAUGCCUCAGAGAAGCGAUCCUCUAUAUCUAGCCACUGUGUGACUGCCUUCGGCAAAAAUUCUACAGAUAACCAAUCACCUACAAUCAAAUUAGUAUAUCUAUUCGAAAGAAUUUGUUUUGCGGAAUUUAAUACUAUGCGAGCUAAACAAGAUGAAAUUGCUAGCUGGUAUUCAUAUAGAAAGUUUUUUGAAAAAAGACAUAAAAAGUGCGAUACUACCCCCCCACUGCGUGAAAAAAAUUCACACACUCAUAUGACUGAACCAUCUAACUCUACCAAACCUCAGAUCUCAAAUUCCUCAGAUUCGGAAGCUGAGGUAAGUAUGUCUAAUACUCCUGACUCUCCCAUCUCAAGAAAAUUAGAUAUUAAUGUAACUAGCUCUACUAAG